AUAAUUCUCCUAAUAAUAAAGCAAGUUUUCUAUAUCGAAUUUGGAGACACUACUGCUAUUCACAUCAACAAGUAGCCGCGUAGCAUAAAGCGAAACAGCAAGAAUCAAUUCGACAUAUACACACACCCCCUGUAUCUAUAUAAACUGAUUGAUUGGUGUUGAUUUGUGAAGAAAAUAGUUGAUAUUUUUGUCGACUAUUAGAUCGGGCUGAGAAUGUGGAGAGGUUUGGUUCGAUCCGCGGCUUCGAAUCUCCGACAUUCACGGAGCUACUCGUCGGCGGUUCCGCUGCCGUCGAUUAUUCAUAAGCGUGGGAUUGAUGUGCUUCAUGAUCCUUGGUUUAACAAGGAUACUGGGUUUCCGAUAACAGAAAGGGACCGACUUGGACUUCGUGGUCUCCUCCCACCUCGAGUAGUAUCUUUUGAGCAGCAAUAUGAUCGUUUUAUGGAGUCGUACCGAUCACUCGAAAAAAAUACCGUGGGUCAAUCUUAUGGUGUUGUGUCUUUAGCAAAAUGGAGGAUUUUGAACAGGCUGCAUGACAGGAAUGAAACACUAUACUACCGAGUUCUUAUUGAUAACAUUAAAGAUUUUGCUCCAAUAAUAUACACUCCAACUGUUGGAUUGGUAUGUCAAAAUUAUUCAGGGUUAUUUAGACGUCCGCGUGGAAUGUACUUCAGUGCCAAAGAUAAAGGAGAGAUGAUGUCUAUGAUCUAUAACUGGCCUGCUCAGCAGGUUGACAUGAUCGUACUGACGGAUGGUAGUCGUAUUCUUGGGCUAGGUGAUCUCGGUGUUCAGGGAAUUGGUAUUCCUAUUGGAAAACUUGAUAUGUAUGUUGCUGCUGCUGGUAUCAAUCCACAGAGAAUACUUCCAGUUAUGCUUGAUGUUGGUACCAACAAUCAAAAGCUUCUUGAAGAUCGUCUAUAUUUAGGACUACGACAACCUAGGCUGGAAGGAGAAGAAUAUCUAUCAGUUGUUGAUGAAUUCAUGGAAGCUGUUCAUGCACGUUGGCCAAAGGCAAUUGUGCAGUUUGAGGACUUCCAAAUGAAGUGGGCCUUUGAAACGCUGCACAGGUACAGGAAGAAGUUUUGCAUGUUUAAUGAUGAUAUACAGGGAACUGCUGGAGUUGCUUUGGCUGGACUUCUUGGAACUGUGAGGGCACAAGGUCGGCCUUUAACAGACUUCGCGAACCAAAAGAUAGUUGUUGUUGGAGCCGGGAGUGCUGGUCUUGGUGUUCUUAAUAUGGCCAUACAGGCUGUGUCAAGAAUUGCUGGAUCAGGAGCUAAUCCUCACUUCUUUCUGCUUGACAAAGAUGGUCUUCUUACAAAAGAGAGGAAAGGUAUUGAUCCUGCAGCUGCACCAUUUGCAAAAUCCGUUGCUGAAACUGAGGAAAUGGGACUUAGGGAGGGAGCCAGUCUUGUUGAAGUGGUUAAAAAGGUCAAACCACAUGUCCUUCUUGGGUUAUCUGGAGUUGGUGGUGUCUUCCAUGAAGAGGUACUUAAGGCCAUGCGAGAGUCAGAUUCCAUUAAGCCUGCUAUAUUUGCAAUGUCAAAUCCUACGACGAAAGCCGAGUGCACUGCUAUUGAUGCUUUCAAGCAUGCUGGUGAAAAUAUCGUCUUUGCAAGUGGGAGCCCUUUUGAAAAUGUUGAUCUUGGAAACGGAAAAGUAGGCCAUGUAAAUCAAGCAAAUAAUAUGUAUCUGUUCCCGGGGAUUGGUCUUGGUUCACUGCUCUCCGGUGCUCACUAUAUUUCUGAUGGAAUGCUGCAGGCAGCUGCUGAAUGCCUCGCUAACUACAUGAAAGAUGAAGAAAUUCAAAUGGGCAUCUUAUAUCCUUCUAUUAAUAGUAUUCGAGAUAUUACAGCAGAGGUUGCAGCAGCUGUUUUACGAGCAGCAAUUGGUGAAGGACUAGCAGAAGGACAUGGGGAUGUAGGAGCUAAAGAGCUCGAGCACAUGUCAGAAGAAGAGAUUAUAGAACAUGUUAGACGCAACAUGUGGUAUCCCAUUUACAGUCCUCUCGUUCAUGAAAGAUGAAGCACUCCAGUACCAGAAGAAGCUAUUGCAGCGCAAGAUCAAUUCAUCCAUCCACGGGAUAAUUAUUGUCAAAGAAAACAAGGCCUGUGCAGCAGGGAAGUCGGAGUAGAAGGAACAUAUCUAUAUUCUGUUAAUGAGUUGCAAGCCUCUAAUAUAAAAUUAUGCAUAUUGUUGUAAUCAACUAUCAACACGGCAUUCAAUUAAGUUUUGACAGCUACAGUUACAGAU